AUGGAAGGGAGGGGAAGGGAAGGAGAGGGGGGAGGAGGAGAGGAGGAGAAGGCAGGGAGGGUAGAGGGGAGAGGGGAGGAGAGGGGUAGAGAGAGCGGUAGAGGGAGAAGAGAAGAGGGGGGGAGGGAGAGGAGAGAAGAGGGGGAGAAGGGGGAACGAGAGGGAAGAGGAGGAGGAAACAGGGAGGUGUGGAAGGGAAAGGGAAGGGGGGGGGGGAGGAAGAGGAGAGGACUGGAUGAAGGAACAGGAGGUGGGGGGAGGGGGGAGGGAAGGAGAGGGGAGAGGAGAAGGAUGAGAGAAGGGAGGAAAGGAGGGAAGAAAGAGAUAAAGAGAGGAGGGGAAGGGGAGAGGAGGGGGAGGAGGGAAAGGAUGGAUGGGAGAGAGAGGAGAGGGGGAAGAGGGGGGAGGAGCAAGUGGGAGAGGAAGGUGAGGGGGGAGAGAGGGAGAGGAAGAGAGAGGGGGAGGGAAAGGGAGAGGGAGGAGAAGGGAGGAGAGGAAGGAGAGAGAGGGGAGAGGGAAGGGAAGGAGGAGAGAGGGCGAGGGGAAGAGGUAAGGGGAAGGGAGGAGAUAGGUGGUGGAUGGAGUGGGGAGGGGAGGGAGGAGAAGGAGAGGGGGGAGGGCGGGGGGAAAGGGAGGGAGGUAGGGGAAGUGGGAGGAAAAGGAGAGAAGGAGAGCACGGAGGAGGGAGGAGGAAAGAGGGAGGAACGAAGGAAAAUGAGGAGUGGGACGAGAGAGAGAGGAGAGGGAGGAAAAGGGGAGAAAGGGGGAGGGGGGAAGAGGAGGGAGAGGAGGGGGGGGAGGGAGGAGGGGAGGGAGGAUGAGGGGAGAGGGGGGAGGGGAGCAAGAAGGGGGGGAGGAAGGAAGAGAGAGAGGAGAGGAGGGAGGGGGAAGGAAGGGGAAGAGGAGGGAGGAGUGAAGGAGAGACGAGGG